AUGGUGCACCAGGGGCAGCUCGUCUUCGAGUGCGGGGCGUGCAACUACUACGUGUGCCAGAGCUGCCGGCCCAUCGCGCACUGCAAGAGGGGCCACAAGUUGCGGACCGCCGCGGCCAUCGCUGGCAGGUGCGACGGCUGCAGCAGGGCUCUGAAGGCCGGCGAGGUUGUGAUGGAUUGCCGGGAGUGCAACUGGUUUUUGUGCCGAGUGUGCCACCCGGUGACCCAGUGCCCCAUGGGCCACAGGCUGCAGAAGUGGGCUUCCCAGUCCCCGGGAGCUUGCGACUCCUGCUCCAAGGGCGUGCCGAAGGGCAGCAUGAUCAUGGACUGCCGGCGCUGCAACUGGUUCCUCUGCGAGGCCUGCCGCCCGACGAGCAAGGCCACGGCCCAAUUCCGCGUGCCGGCAGUACCGCGGGUGCUCCCGCGGUGCAGCGCGGGGCACACCAUGCAGCCGUUGGGGGCCAAGGCGGGUAGCUGCGAUGGCUGCGGUAGGCUCGUCAAGGACAAGGAGCCAGUCAUGAGUUGCGAGGCCUGCAACUGGUACUUGUGCAGGUCGUGCCGCCCCGUCAGGCACUGCCCCGAGGGACACGACCUCGAGGCCGAGAUGGCGCGGGCUGGCAAGUGCGACUGCUGCGCGAGGAAGGUUCAGGACAACGAGAUGGUCAUGCAGUGCCGCGAGUGCAACUGGUACCUCUGCAGCACGUGCCACAUCACGCGGCGCUGA